AUGGAUGAAAAUUCAUUGAUUUUCAAAAAUAUACCGUUGAAAUUGGCAAAUGAUAUAAAGGGAAACUUCAUCCGUUUACCUCUAAAUAUCAUAUCUGCAAUAGAAUCAACUAACCUACCAAUUAAUGAAUUCGGUUUCACUAUAUGUAUAUCUGAUAGAGACAGCAAGAUUAUUACCGCUGGUUGGAAUGGCUUGCCCUCUUCAGAUAACACUACUAUCGAAAUCAACCCGAAUUUAUGGCUAACAAACACAAAUACAGACAUAAACACCAACACCAACACCAACACCAACACCAACACCAACACCAACACCAGCAUAGAUCUAGUUGCCAAUAGGUAUGACGAAAGCUAUUGCCCGAUUGAUGUAAUGAUAGAACCAGUAACUUCAGAUGAUUGGGAAAUUAUCGAAAAUAAUGCAUCCUAUUUACAAGAUAAUAUACUAAAUCAAACUAGAUUUGUCGAAUUAAAUAAAAUAUUAAUUUGUUAUAUAAAUUCAACAAAUCUGUUUUGUAAAUUUAAAAUUAAAAAAAUUAAUUUUAGUUCCAAACUUAAUUCAAAUAUCGCAAGAUUAUCAAAUGGUUCUUUGAUCAUCGUUUCACCUUUAGAAAAUAAACUAAGAUCAAAAAAUCAAAAAAAGAAAAUUCAAAUCGUCAAGACUGUUUUUAAAAGAUCAACACUUUCAAUUAACAACGAAGAUACCUUCAAGCCAACUUGUUUCAUCAAUAAUAACAAUUUAAAUUAUUCAAAUAUCGCAAGAUUAUCCAUCGUUAAUCCUCCUCUAUCAACUGAAAAAUCUACAAACUCAAUAUUUGUUAACCUGCAAAACUCAACUACUAUACCAAAAAACUCAAUUUCAAUCGACUCCUCUAUUUAUGAUUCUUUAUCAUUAACACCAAAUAAUGGUUUGAACAUAAAAUUAGAGUAUAUCCAUCAAGAUUCUUGCAAUAAUUUCCAAAGUAUAGAUAAUAUUCGUCUAAUCGUGGAACCAACGAUUUCUACAAAACAACAACAACAACAACAACAACAAUCUACAACAGAUCUAUCAAACUACAUUAUCAAAUUUUUCAAAAACUUACCAAAUGACAGUGUCAUAACUGGUAAUUCCAAUAUUAUAAUGGAAAAUAUGUCUUUAAAAGUUAAAAUUAUCGAAACAACAAAAAAUAAUAACGGCUCGAUUUUAUUUCUUCAAAAUGAAAAUAAUCUAUUUAACAAACUUAAUAUCGAGGUAUCCUCACCAACUGUCACCAGCAAAAGAAAUUCAUCAACAAAAACUCAGAUUAAUGAUUAUAAUGAUGUUAUAUACAAUGAGAAAAUCAAUGAUAUUAUAAAUUAUAUCACUUUGCCAGUAUUACCUUCUAAUUGUGUUCUAAUCGAAGGCCAUUCAGGUAUUGGUAAAACGACAGUAUUGAAAAAAUUGAAAGAUUCGUUAAUUUCAAACCAUUCAUAUCACAUCGAAUACAUCGACUGCUCUGAUAAUUUAUCAAAAAAUGAUAAAUUUAAGUUCGAUGACUUGCUAAAAAUAUUAAACGAUCACAUUUCAUUGUCAUACUGGUAUUCUCCAACAAUACUACUGUUAGAUAACGCAGACAUUUGGUUCAGUAAUAACGAAUCGAAUGGCGACUCUAAUGAAUCCAGCUCAAUGAGUAAUAAGAAUAAAAAUGAUUUAUCUACAAGAUUGUCAUUACAAUUGAUAUCACAGAUAAAUAAAUUGUCUUUGAAGAAUUCAAAUGCAAUUAAAAUUGUAUUAUCUAGUAAAUCAAGAAAUUCAUUGAAUAAACUGUUAUUCUCAACACAUUUCAUCUCAAAAAUAUGGUCAUUAAAAUUACCAAAUUCAAAUGAAAGAACAGAAUUAAUCAAAUUAUUCGUGGAAAACCACAGCCAUUCUGGAUUAUCAUUAGAAAAAGAUAUCACCUUUUCUGACAUUUCAAUAGACACUGACGGUUAUUCUCCAUUAGAUUUAAAAAUUCUUAUCGAAAGAUUAUUUCAUCAAUCACAGAUCAAGCAUGUAGGUGAUGAAAACUUUGAUUUAAACAACUGUAGCAUCGAUAAAUCACUAUUUGAUGAAACUUUAAUCGAUUUCAUUCCUUCUUCCUUACGUGGGGUAAAUUUAACUAAAAAUACCGGUGUCAAUUGGGAUUCCAUCGGUGCCUUAUCAGAAGCUAAAAGAAUAUUACUCGAGACUUUGGAAUGGCCAACAAAGUACUCAAAAAUCUUUGAAAAUUGUCCUUUAAGAUUAAGAUCAGGUAUCUUAUUAUAUGGAUAUGCGGGUUGUGGUAAAACUUUAUUAGCUAGUGCAGUAGCUCAACAAUGUGGAUUGAAUUUCAUUUCUGUCAAAGGACCAGAAAUUUUAAACAAAUAUAUUGGGGCCAGUGAACAAAGUGUAAGGGAAUUAUUUGAUAAGGCACAAUCAGUAAAACCGUGCAUUCUAUUCUUUGAUGAAUUUGAUUCGAUUGCUCCAAAAAGAGGACAUGACUCAACUGGUGUGACUGAUCGUAUUGUUAAUCAAUUGUUAACACAAAUGGAUGGUGUUGAAGGUUUAGAUGGUGUGUAUGUUCUGGCUGCCACAAGUAGACCGGAUUUAAUCGAUUCAGCUUUACUAAGACCUGGUAGAUUAGAUAAAAGUAUUCUAUGUGGUUUGCCUAAUGAAUUAGAAAGACAAGAUAUUUUAGAGGCAAUCACUACUACUGGAGAUAAGGGGAAGAAAUUACAAAUCACUGAUGAGACAAACUUAAACAGAAUUUCACAAUUAACUCAAGGGUAUUCUGGUGCUGAUUUACAAGGUCUUUGUUAUACUGCAUAUUUAAAGGGGGUUCAUAGGUAUCUUUCAGAUAAGGAUUCAAUAAAGGAGAUAGCAACUACUACGUCUUCGAAAGAAGAAUUAAACUUAGAAAUAAUCAAUAAGACUUCAAAUUACUCCAUACAAGAUUAUACAAAAAUUAAAAAUAAACUUCAAGAGAAACUAGAUGAGCAUAACCUAAAUUCUAGAUUAGACUCAAAAGAUGAUAAUGACCAAAUCACAGUGAGAAUUUCUACAGAAGAUUUAUUGGAAGCUGUCAAAGAGUCCAAACCAAGUAUUUCGAAGAACGAGUUUGAGAAGUUGUAUCAAAUCUAUAGUAAGUUUCAAAACGAUAGAGACGGAAAGAUGCCUACCGGGGAACUUCCAAAAGAAGUAGGAACAAGAACAUCCCUAAUGUAA